AUGGCCGUAUUAGCAGGACUAAGACUCAAAACGAGAUUCUGGUGGCCAAUACAUGAGGACAGGCCAAGGACUUAUCACGAGUUUCUGAACCGAGUUGAGAAAUACAUAAGCGCUGAGGAAGCAACCUCUGACCAAGAGGAAGUAGGAUACGAAAUUGACCUCAGUGAUACAGUGAAAGAAAAAAAACCAAGCCGCAGUCCCCAGCUCGAAAGAAAGAAGGACAAGAGAGAAAGAGAACAUCCUAGGGCUCAUGCAUACAAGUUCUGGGAGUACCAACCACUCAAAGCCUCCUUGGAAGAGGUAUUCACGCAAGCCAAUAUGAAAGAGGCAUUUCGCAGAUCUAUAAUCCUAAAUGACAGACAGGCAGGACAACGCCAGGGACGAUACUGUCGAUACCACAGGACGAUGGGCCAUGACACUGAUAAUUGCCGGGACUUAAAAGAGGAAGUUGAAUCCUUAAUUCGAAGAGGUCGAUUACAGGAGUUUGUUUCCAAGCUAAAAGAAGCAGAUCGACCUACAACGCGGCAGCCACUGCUACAGGGGGCUCCCACACGAGCCCAGCAGGCAAUCCCUAACCGUAACCCACCCUCACAUGCCAAAAUCAAAAUGAUGGUGGUCAAAAAUCAGUAUAUUGAAGGAUCCAGAAGGGCCAGGUUAAGGCAAGCCCGAAGUGCAAAAAUCGUGCCAAACUACUGGAAUCUAACCCCUAAGACCGGCAUAGACCUUGAAUCGUUCUGGUUCACGGAAGAAGAUUCUGAAGGAAUCCUUCAAGACCAGAGUGAUGCCCUGGUGGUCACAAUGAUGGUUGCCGGAGUAAAAGUCCAUCGUACUCUACUGGACAAUGGAAGUUCGGUCAACAUACUGUAUUCACGAACAUUGAGGCAGUUGGAAACAUCAAUUCGCUACCUCCAACCGUAUCCAAGGAAGCUACAGGGAUUUUCUCGGGAUCCUAUCGAAGCCCUAGGUCAGAUCUUCCUUAUCAUGGAGCUAGGCGAAGCUCCUCACCAAAGAAGAAUCCUAGUGGAUUUUGUGGUGGUCGAUUUGCCGUCCAAUUACAAUGCAAUAUUGGGACGGCCCAUUUUGCACGAACUAAAGGCUGCCACGUCAAUUUAUCAUUAUUGCGUGAUAUUCUCCACUCCUUACGGGAUUGGAAUUAUCCAAGGAGAUCAAGCUACUGCAAUGGCCUGCAACAUCGACCUGCCAAGGCCACAAGUCAACAUGCUAAAGAGUAGGACGAACACACAAGCCGAGGAAGCCAGACCAAAGAGACCAAUCAUUGCGAAUCUGUCGGAGAUCGGCAUAACGGAAAAAAAUCUAAAAGAAAGUCACAGAUGA